AUGUUCCAGAUAAAGCUCAAUGACCAAUUGAAAAGGCACAUUGAAGAACUUAAAAAGAGCAAUGCUAGUAAUAAGGAGCUAGAUAUGAUAUUGGAAAAAGAUUGUGUCUCUAUAGAGGCUCUAAUUAAAAUGUAUGAAGACCAUUGGCAAAAUCGUGUUCCAUUAUCACAACUGUUGAAACCAUUGAAUUUUCAAUUUAAACCCAAGAGAAUUGCCAGAUCAGAUUACAAACCUGAGUUUAAGGAAUAUUUAGAAAACUUGAAAUUACAGCAACAAGAGAAAGAUUAUCAGCAGUUAAUCAGCGCUAAUAGGGAAUUGAGUACAUAUGAGGAUGAAGACAAACCAUUGACACCGGCACAAAUUAAUCGUGAGUUAAAAGAACAGGUUACCACUGUCUUCAACAUUUUAGUUAGUGUGGUUUCAGUUGCAUUUGCAUUUUGGUACUGGUCAGGAAGUUCAAGUGGGAUGGCCUUACACUAUCGAGUACUAAUAAGCUUAUUCUUUGGUAUAUUAAUAUUAAUUGCAGAGGUAGUAGUUUAUAAUAGCUAUCUACAACGGGUUAGCGAUGCAAAGGCCAAAGAGAAAGUUAAAACAGAAAGGACAAAGGUCGUGAAAAGAAUUGUCAUCUAA